UCGCGUCCGCGGCCGCGAGGAAUCCUGGAAAGCCUUACACUCACGUGUAAAUUUGUGAAAGUGUGCGCGGCGCGGCCAGCAGCGGCAGGCAGCUCUCGGGACACACGCGUUAUUAAUCGCGACAUGCGCAUAUUCACGUCAAGUGUAGUGUGCGAGUGGUGAAAACAAUAUUUUGGCCUUCGGGGGCCUGAAUAAACAUUAUUUUUACAAAAUGUACAAACUGAAGUUCUCGCAGAGGGAUAAAGUUAAGAAAUUUAUAGCCUUCACGCAGACGGGCGAACAGACGGCGAUUUACUGCCUGACUCAGAAUGACUGGAAGCUCGAUUUGGCCAGCGACAAUUACUUUCAAAAUCCCGAGGCUUAUUACAAGGAGCCGAAAGUUUCUGUAGAUAAAAAGAAACUCGAAGUUCUGUUCAGCAGAUAUCAAGACCUCAACGAACCUGAAAAAAUCACCGCCGAUGGGAUAAUGAAGUUCCUCGACGACCUGAGUCUCAGUCCCGAGAGUAAAUUAGUCCUGAUAAUAGCGUGGAAGUUCGGGGCCGAAACGCAGUGCGAAUUCACCAAAGACGAGUUCAUGAACGGCAUGAUGGAUCUAGGCGUCGACAGCGUCGAUAAGCUUAAGGUUCGACUCAGCAGCCUGGAGUCUGAACUCAGGGACGCUCAGAAAUUCAAAGACUUUUAUCACUUCACUUUCAACUAUGCCAAGAACCCUGGACAGAAGGGAUUGGACCUUGAGAUGGCUAUCGCCUAUUGGAACAUCGUGCUCGAGGAGAAAUUCAGGUUUCUACAGCUCUGGUGCCAGUUUCUGCAGGAACAUCACAAACGAUCAAUUCCAAAGGACACAUGGAACCUGCUGUUAGACUUUGCGCUCAUGAUCAACCCCGACAUGAGUAAUUACGACGAGGAAGGAGCGUGGCCCGUACUGAUCGACGACUUUGUAGAAUGGGCUCAGCCACGCGUCCGUCAAUCGCUUUAACACUUUACGCCGAGCCGUCAGUGCCGCAAUUGAUGCUAAUAUCGCGUAACCGGCUGAUCGAUGAGCUGGGAAUAUUCUUGUGUAUAAAAAGAAAUUAAAAUACGUGCAUAUUAUUACUAUAUAAUUCACAGCGAUAUAACAAUAUCGAUUGCACAUAGAUGAUUUUUUAAAUCGAUUGGCGAGAGGACGCGCUGAGGCUGAUAUUAUCGUUUUUUUCGUUUUUUUCUUUAACUAUUUUUUUUUUCAUUGAUUGCAUCACUACCGGCAAAUUGAUGCCCCUCCAAGUUCGAAAUUACAAAGAAAACGGGAAAAUUUCAAGAAGACAGCAUUUGGUUUUGUAAAUAACCAAAAACACAGGCACACAAACUACAAGUCAGUUUCGUAAUAAGAGAGAGAAA